UCCAAAUAUUUUGGCGCGUAGUUAAGUUUGUUCGUACAUGGUCAUUUCGCUUUUGGUUGUUUGUUUUGGUUAUGUGUUUGGAACCAGUUUUAAAUCGGAACUGGGAGUUUUUGAAAAAUGUCUGUGUUCAUCAGAAUGAGCUCGGGGCAAGCGGCGAGGUGCGUGUCACGCGACAGCUCGUACGUGGAUCGCUGCCCACACCUCCUGGCGGGACUCUCUCCCGUGUGCAGGCCGGGGGGCGACGGCUGCUGCGAGUGGGCGGUGGUCGAGCUGCAGGGCGACCUGGAGUCCCGGUCGAGGCGAAGCCUCUUUGACCAGUUCAUCGGGGACCUGCACUUCACCACCAAGGGCGUCCCUGUCCUGAUCAUCGGGCACCACAUCCUGUACGGGAAGGAAGUGUCGCUGGAGAAGCCGUUCGCCGUGAUGGAGCGGGCGCACCCCCAGCCCUCCCCUGGAGCCCCCACGGAGUACGUCGUCAAGGGGCUGGUGAGGCGGAAGCUGCUGUUCAAGACCCGGCCCAAGCCGAUCAUUGCCAAUGUGCCCAAAGUCGUGUGAUUGCAGCCUUGCGUACAAGUGCUGUGGCGUGCAGCGGUUAUGUUUGAAGGAGAAAAAAACCUUUGUUAAAAUAAUCAUUUAUAUAAGAUGGAAACCGUAGGAAGUUACCAGACCUUACUAUAUGACUGUGUGGCGGAUAUAGAGAUAGGACACACUCACUGUUUGUGUGUGUAUGACCUACCUCCUAUGAUUUCCUAUCAUUAUAAAACUGAAUCUACUCCUUUUUUUACUACUUUAAGGAUGUAAUUUCAUAAUUAUAUGUUGUCUAUGUCACUCUCCGGCCCAUAAACUAUCUACAUGCAAUAAAUCAUGUCGAUCUGUCGCUCCGUUGCUGCGUGAAAGAAGGACAAACAGACAAACACACUUUCACAUUUAUAAUGUUAGUAGGGAUUAUUUCUGAAAAGGUUUAAGCUUUCGCACACAAAAAUUGGCAUGUUCCUGCAAAUGGUAAAGGUUUUUUGUAUUGUGUUCAUUCAUUUUUGUGUUAAAUGAUUUAAUUAAAAAAAUAAAGUGUAAGAAAAUUGUAUUAAAUUAAAAUUGGUUCACGAGGUAUUUGUAUUCACCAUAGUACAUAUGUCUAGACUUCAUUUUUUCCAGAAAGUGAUUUGACUUGCACGCAAGCCAGUAUGGUGCUCAAAAAUGAAAUCGUAACAAUGUGCAGUCCUCGUGAGAAAGACAGGAUGACAUGACACAAUAGAGCAGUGACCAACCUGAUAGUCGCUGGGUAUUUCUAGAGGGCCCGGAGGAAAUCGACCAGCAAUUUAUGUUUUAUGAAUUUCAUGUAUAAUAUAAACAACAUAAAGAUCUUAAAUUUGGUUUCAAGGGGCCUCCCUAGUAAAGAUGUUUAGCGCGCUGGGCUACUGGUCUCAUGCUGCAGGUAGUGUGAAUGGUCGGAGCUUCUCGGGGGAGGGGUGAAGAAGCAAGGGGGAGGUUGAAUGGAGGGUUGGAGGGAAGCACACAGUAUCUGCUGGAGUCCAGUUGCUGUGUUAUCUGCGAGCAAGGUCGCGGCAAGGUCGGGGGGGACUGCCUACCGCUACACACACCAACAGGAUUAAGUUCUCGUAUCGCCUUGCUUGCUUUUUGACAGUGUUUAUCAACUUGAUAUAUCCAUGAAUUGCAAACAUCAUUUGUUUUUAAAAGUGUUCUUUUGAUUCACAUACUACAUAAUUACGAAAUUUACAUUCAUAAAAAAAUAUAAUGUCAAACAAAUCAGCACAUAUCUUGUGGUUUCAAAACGUAGAAGGCUACUUAAUAAAGUUUAUUAAAUCACAAAAAUUAAAUACAUGUUGAUCGUUCUGCUGAAAUUUUGCCUCGGUAGAAGUUUAUAACUUUGCAGAACAAACACUAAAAUAUUUUUGCACACAUUUUGAUUUUUUUUGUUUGUUUUUUUCUAUUCAUGACGGGCAGUUUUUAAAUUGUAAUUUGCAAGUAAAACCAGAAAAUGCACAGCUUUUGGAAAUGUGAUUUUCAAAGAAUUACUUGAAAUAAAAAGAAACCUUUAUGCACAUAGAAUAAAAUAAUCUUCUUUAAUUUUUUUUCAAGCAUUAGAAGUUAACAAAAAGUCUUUUAUGUACAGUCUUGAUUGUAUAACUAUGUACUUGUAACAAAUGUUGAAUACAGAGAACACAAACUACAUCAUCUAUUUAGUGUACAGAAACUUACAUUACAAAAUUAUUUCUUACAGUGAUGUACAAUGUUCGUGUUAUACAGUAUAAAUAUUCUCUAUAUGAAACCA